UUCUGUCUUCUCUGUUUCGAUUCAGUCAUGUCCCAGUUUUCCGGCCAUCGCCAGGCGAGGAGGCGGACCAAGUGGGUGAACGGCGCGCUGAUAGUCGGCGCCGGGCCGUCGGGGCUCGCCGUGGGCGCGUGCCUCCGGAAGCAGGGAUUGCCGUUCGUCAUCCUCGAGCGUGCCAGGUGCGUCGCCUCGCUGUGGCAGACGCGCACCUACGACCGCCUCCGGCUGCACCUCCCCAAGCGGUUCUGCAGCCUCCCGGGGCUCCCCUUCCCCGGCGACUUCCCGGAGUACCCCACCAGGGACCAGUUCGUGGAGUACCUCGAGGCCUACGCGCGGCGGUUCGAGCUCAGCCCGCGGUUCGGGGAGGCCGUCACGGCGGCGCGGUUCGACGCGACGUGCGGCAUGUGGCGGGUGCGGACGGCGGCGGAGGCAGAGGUGGAGUAUAUGUGUCACUGGCUGGUGGUGGCGACGGGGGAGAACGCCGAGUGCGUGGUGCCGGCGGUGGAAGGGAUGUGCGACUUCGGUGGAAAGGUGAUCCACUCCGGCGAGUACAAGUCCGGCGAGGCAUUUUCCGGGGAGAGAGUCCUGGUGGUGGGCUGCGGCAACUCCGGCAUGGAGCUCUGCCUCGACCUCUGCCUCCACGGCGCUUUCCCCGCCAUGGUCGUUCGUGACUCGGUUCAUGUGCUACCAAGGGAGGCACUUGGGAAAUCUACAUUUGAGCUUGCCGUUCAACUAAUGAAAUGGCUUCCAUUGAGGUUGGUCGAUAGGGUCCUCUUGGCCAUCUCAUGGAUGAAACUCGGGGAUGUUAAAAAACUCGGCUUGAACCGACCGGCUCUUGGUCCAUUCGAACUCAAGUUCAUGCAAGGGAAGACCCCGGUUCUAGACCUUGGCGCCUUGCACAAGAUUAAGACCGGUGAGAUCAAGGUGAUCCCCGGCAUCAAGAAGUUCUUACAUGGCAAGGUGGAGUUGGUUGACGGGCGAAUCCUCAACGUAGACUCGGUCAUCUUUGCGACUGGCUACCGUAGCAAUAUACACGAGUGGUUGCAGGGCAUUGAUUUGAUCGACAAAGACGGUCAUCCGACACGAGAGUUUCCGAACGGGUGGAAAGGGAGCUCGGGGCUUUAUGCGGUCGGGUUCGGUAGGACAGGGCUCUCGGGUAUCUCCAUGGACGCUGUGAAGGUAGCAGAGGACAUUGGGAGGAUAUGGAGAGAGGAAACAAGGCAGGCAAAGCACAUCAUUGCUUGCCAAAGAAGGCGCACAUCACAGAACUGAUGGAGAACUAUGCCUAGCUAAUUAGUAAUUGAAUAGAUGUUUUGAUGCUUUAGAUGUUCUUAUUCUUCAAAAUAUAUAUGAAAU